AUGCAGACAAUUAAAUGCGUGGUUGUAGGAGAUGGGGCUGUAGGUAAGACCUGCCUCCUCAUCAGUUACACAACGAAUGCCUUUCCUGAGGAGUAUAUCCCCACUGUCUUUGACAACUAUAGUGCCCAGACAUCUGUGGAUGGCCAAAUCGUCAGCCUGAACCUGUGGGACACAGCUGGCCAAGAGGAGUAUGACCGACUGCGAACGCUCUCCUACCCCCAGACCAAUAUCUUUGUCAUUUGUUUUUCCAUUGGCAACCCAUCCUCGUAUGCCAAUGUGAGGCAUAAGUGGCACCCCGAGGUCUCCCACCAUUGUCCCAAUGUGCCUGUCCUGCUGGUAGGUACCAAGAGAGACCUGCGGAAUGACACUGAGACAGUGAAGAAGCUGAAGGAACAGAGCCUAGUACCCACAACUCCUCAGCAAGGCACUUCCCUGGCUAAGCAGGUGGGGGCUGUGAAGUAUCUAGAAUGUUCAGCCCUGAUGCAGGAUGGGGUGCACGAGGUAUUUUCAGAAGCUGUUCGGGCUGUGCUUUACCCUGCCACAAAGAAGAACACCAAGAAGUGUGUCCUUUUAUAG